CCCUGUCAUCUCGUAUUUGAGCUUGGCACAGCCCCCAACCCCACUUAUAUAGAAGUCUCCUGCAACAACCUCCCAGAGGCAAUUCUAACCUCCUUGAAAACACGAGAAGCACAUUUGCCCUUGCUGCUACCUUCUCCAUUUUUUGCCUCGUCCUUGUCGCUGACCUUCGCCAUCCUCGCAGUCCGGUGGGCCCACACGCCUGUUCCCACCACUGAUAUGGGCUCGUCAUCAUCAACUUCCAACGAUCCCCAUAGCCUGGGCAACGUAUAUCGUGACCAGGGCAGACUACCUGAAGCAGAGGAAAUGUAUAUGCGAGCACUGGCCCAAAGAGAGAAGAAAUUAGGCGCAGAACACACCUCGACCCUAGACACCGUCAACAAUCUCGGGGUCGUCUAUUGUAGACGGGGCAAGCUAGACGAGGCAGAGCAGAUGUAUACACGCGCGCUAGCUGGAAGGGCGAACGCCCUAGGAGCAGAUCACGCCCUCACACUCGAGACUGCUGGCAACAUUGGGAUACUCCAUUGUAUGCAAGGAAAGCUAGACCAGUCGGAACAUGUCUUCAAGGAACUGCUAGCUGUGAGAGAGGAGGCGCUCGGAGCAGAUCACGUUUCCACCAUCGAUACUUUGCACAAUCUCGGAAAUGUAUAUCAUGCUCAAGGGAAGCUGGAGGAGGCGCGACAUACGUAUAUACGGGCGCUCAUUGGGAAAGAGAAGCAACUGGAGGCGAAUCAUGCCUCUACUCUUGACACUGUCUUCAACCUUGCAAAUACAUAUUGCAACCAAGGCAAGUUGGAACAGGCGGAGCAAAUGUAUUUACGGGUGCUAGCUGGGACUGCAGAGUCGCUUGGACCUGAGCAUCCCUCAACCGUCGAGACAGUCAACAAGCUUAUGAACCUUUAUUGUUCCCAGGGAAGGCUGGACAAGGCAAAGAAGCUGGAGGAUGAGUGGCUGAGCAUGUGAGAUUUUGAACUGGUGGCGCAAUCGAUAUUGAAAUUUAUUGUAUUUUGAGCGAGUCUGUCAUCAAUGUGUCACUUAAGUUAAGAGUUGGAAUUCAGAAUCAAGGGGCCAACAAUUCUGC